AUGAAAUUCUUUCCUUGUAUUUCAUCGGAAGGCUUGAGCGAAAGUGAGAUCAAAAACUUGCUCCACAAUGCAGAGAUGUGUAUGAUUUCUAUUCCGAGCAUUGGUAACGUUGGACAAUUAGCUAUGGAUUUUAUAAUUUCAAGCUAUUCGGAAAAAGCAUUUUCAAAGAUUAACAAACUCGGAUAUUUGGAGACUGGAUUCCUAUUGAGUUGUGUUGGCAAUGAUCCAUAUUUUGCUCCUUCUGAAACCCAUCACGGAAAAUUACACUCUGCAUUAGAGGUUUAUUCUUUACAAUUUUAUCAAAAUGAUCAACCUGUUGGAGCUAAUAUUAUUUUGAUUCAUUGCAGAUCCAUCGUAAUUUAUCCAACACUUUUUGUAAGAGAUUUGAACGAAUGGAUUUCAAAGGGAAAUGAUGAUGAUGGUGAUUACUUUUUGAAGAAUUUACAAACUCUUAUAUCACUCAGCUCAGCAAACGCAGGUCUGCAGGAUGACAGAUUUAUUCAACGUAUUCAAGAGUCUCCUAUGGAGUUUGGAUUGGCAUCAUUAGCGUUUGACGCAAAUUUGACAAAUGAUUCUCAAUUCCCAUUGACCUCAUUCUUGACAACCAUUCCAAGAAUUGAUAAGGCUACAUACCCAUUGUUUUUCAGCGCUGUGAACUCAAAAUUGCUUGAAAACGACGAAACGAGUCAAGGAGAGAAUAAUGGUACUGUGAGAAAGUUGAAUCGUGUCAUUGUUUUUAUGAUUUGCAACGAAGGUGAAAACUCAAUACAUGGCAUUUCAUUAUGCAAGGCUGUUACAGGAGAGAUAUUGCUGCCAUAUCUCAAAAGAACAAACAUCAACUCAACACCAUUAGACCAUUUCAACAGCAUGGAAUGGAAAGCACCUUACAGCUGGAGAUACUUUUAUGGACCUCCUGUUAAUGACAUCAACUUGUAUAAUUAA